GGCGGGCGCUCUCCUUUCCGCGCCUCGAUUUUCAAACCCCCUGGACGGAGAACUAGAGAGAGAGAGAGAGAGAAGGAGUGAGAGGUGGAGAAAGAGGGAAACAGGCGCUCGUGCGCGCCCGCAUGUCGCGCGUGGUACCCGCAGGUGCAUGAACGUAGCUACGUGUGGCAGCGCGUCGUCCCUUCCCCUCCCCUCUCCGACCAGUUCGCUCGCUACGAGGAAGGCCUGUGUGCGUGAGUGUUGUAUGCAGCAUCCAGUCGGUUUUUUUUACACCGCACAUUCGCGCUCGGCUCGUUCAUCCGUCCGUCUGUUUUGCACGUCGCGAGAUUCGAUCCGUCUUAUCCAGAAAUUCGAAAGAAGUAUAUCCCAAUUCGCGCGGGGAAACGCCGAACGGCGCGAGUCGAUUUUCAAACAACGGCGCAAGAGUGCAAAUGGCGGCGGUGGCGCAAAAACAUUUGGAGUUUUCGCCGGUCCGCGUGAGGCGUGCCGUAUGAUCUGUGACGGGAAAUCUCGUUUCCGGCGUGAAACUUGCAGCAUUAUGAGAUGGACUUUGGCGAUGGCACGUUUAUUCGAGUGAUCACGUGACUGCAACGAUAUACCGCAGCAACUGAAACUGGUGUGUCGUAUCGAUCAUGAGCAGCGAGAGUGAUCGGUAGGUGGAAAAGGAUUCUGAUCGCGCGCGUCCGAUCGCGAGGAUGGAAUUCGGGGGCUACAAGGGCGCCGGACCCCGCGUCAGGGUGCGCCGGCGCGCGGAAUUGGGCAGGCGGCUCACCAGGAGGCUGUCUCUCGUCGCCAAAAUGCCGGCUGCGAUCCUCAGCAGGGCGAACCCGCCGGAGCCGAGGCCGGUCGAGAUCACGGCGAUUGCACCUGACAAGACGCAACUCACGUUAUCGGCCUCAUCGCCCGGAGCUAUUUCUUCCGUGGUCGCUCCGAUACUUCUGAAAUAUCGAGUUUGCAGACCUCGAUUGCUGCUUGCUGGUUCGAGGGCCGAGAUUGAUCCCGCAGCCGAUGUAGCCCUUUUGCACGGCGAAGUUCUGCUUAUAGAGGAUUCUGCAAGGCAAUACGACGCGAUCGGAGAUACAGAUCGCAGGUACAGAGCUACGGAGAAAUUAUUGCACGCGGAAGAAGAAUAUCACGAAGCAUUGUCUAGCGCCAAAGAACUGUACGCUCGUCCCUUGGCACGGAGCUAUCCUGAGUUUCACGAUGUUAUCUUUCAACCCCUCGCAGAUCUGUCGCGGGUCAGCGCGGAGCAUUGCCAGAGGGUGAGUAACAUAAUUGCGUUGAGCUUGAUACGGAAUUUGAAAUCACGAGAAAAUUUGGACGGGGAUAUUGAACAGGAAAUUAUUAGGGGAAAAAAAAAAAAUAUGGAACCUUGCGACACGCAAAAAUCAAUAAGUAAGGAGAUCCAGGUUGUAAAGCCAGGUUGGAUUUAUUGGGCCCAUAGCGACGAUUUCGCGUGUUUUCUGAAAGUACGUCGAUGGUUGACAGCGUACGGAUCUGUGCUGAUAAACGGAUGCGAUUUCUGGCAUGGCCUGAGGCCAGGCACGUACCGCAUCCAGCGGCAGCAACAGCAGCAGCAACAGCAGCGGGGCUCAUAG